GCCCGCGCUCCGCCUUAUUCCCUUCCCUUGAUUGGUCGGGAGUUGGGUGACGUCAGCGAUCAGGGCUGAAAGUGGGCGGGGCCGAGCUCGGGCCUUCAGGCUCGCUCGGCCGCCGGCGAUUCCUCCGCAGCUCGUCCCUGCGGGGUGUCGGAGCGCGGCGGCGCCGGGAUGCCGAAGCGCUCCUGCCCCUUCGGGGACACGGCCCCGCUCCAGCUGAAAACCCGCGUGGGGCUGCGGGAGCUGAGCCGCGGCGCCCUGGGCGAGAAGUACCGGCGGGAGCUCUUCGAAAAGACCAAGGAGCUACUCUUCCGAGGCGCCCAGGCCUACAUGGAUAGCAUGUGGAAGGGCAACGCAGCAGGCACUUGCACGGUCCCCUGCUUUCCAGAGCCACUUAAAGAUACACAGGAAACUUGUACUAAGUACAGUUGGAACAGACAAAUGCUCAUUGGGCAAGAUGGAAAACUACUGAGGCAUUCCCAAGCAAUGGAAAAGACUCCACCAGUCGGAGUUUCUAAAGCCUGUUCCUCCUGCAUAAGAACUGUUGACAUCAAAGAAGCUUGCACACAGUGUGAUCGUUUUGUAUGCCAGAAUUGCAGCAAACUCUGCAAGUGCUGUAAUGCUGUUGCCUGUUCCUUGUGUUCGAUUAUCGAUUACAGUGAUACUGGCGAGCAAGUUCUCUGCAAUGACUGCUCAAUGUUUGAAGCCUGAAACUCUUUAUGAACUAUCAACACCUCUUCAUGGCUAAGGCAUCAAGUGCCAUGAACAUGUUUAUAUCUGACCCUUCUAGUGUGUGGAAUUGACAAUGGGAUUUCUAUACAUUUUAUGUGAUAUUUUUUUAAUACUGUAGCUAAAUAAACUUUUUUAUAUGUUGAAGAGACUUCUGAAUUACUGAUGCUAUUAUCUGAGGCUACAGUUACCUUCAAGGACUAUCUUGAGCUGGAUUCUACUGGUAUAGAUGAGCAUAGUUCCCAGCACUACAAAUAACAUUUAGAAUACACAUUUUGUUUCUGAAGGCUGUUCAGUGGCUGCUAUAUUUGGAUACUGGUUUAUGGGUCAAAAUAGUAUCAGUUCACGUAGUGCUUUUUCAUAGGGGGGUGGCAUUGUUCUAGACACACAACCUUUCAUCUGUGAGGUCUAAGCUCAGGCACUUGUCCUAGGUCACAUAGCUCAAAGCAGAGUAGAAUUUGACUCCCAAUAUGAUCUGACUUGUAAAUGUUCUCUCCCAAACACAUUAUUGGCUGCCUGAAUCUUCAUGGUUCCUUCUAGCAUAACCUUGAUCUAGAAAAGAUGCAUACGUGGUACUCUCCUUCGGAGUACACAUCAGAAAUCUAAUUAUUCAAUAAGCAGCUUUGUAUGUAACUAUAUCUGGACAUUUAAGUUUGAUGUCUACUUCAACCAGAAACUGCAGACUGUCAGUGUGAAUGAAUAUUUUAGGAAAAGUAUCCUAACUUUUUUUUAAAGUAAAUUUAAAGAUCAUAAAAAGUUAUACCAAACACUUUUUUGAAUGGUGAUAUCCGCUCUACAGCCUUCCUUCAUCCUUCUGUUUUUGUUACAGUAAAAUAGCUUAAGCCUGUAUUUUGUGAAUGUAAAACAUUCUUUGGUAGAUGUUACUGUGCUUAAAUAUCAGGGUUUUUUUAGAGAGAUUUUAGGAAACAACUUUUGAGAACUUUUUGAACAGAAAACAGUGGUUUUGAGUUAAGUUUUUUCUACAAACUUGAACCUCUGAUGUCUGCUUUUUUUUCCCCCUUUCCACUUAGGGUUACAGGCUGAAAAUAAUGACUCUCUUCCAGGCUCCUGGAGAGAUCAGGCAGUAUCUGUAUUUGUAUUUCAAAGUAUUUGUAUUUCAAAGUAGUUGACAGAAGCAUUUUGGCUCCUUUAUCCUUACAUUUUAUUUCAUAUGAGCUUAUGGUCGAAGACCACUGAUAGGGAUUUUGAGCCAUGAAAUCCACAUUAGUUAGGAAUCCUCAAGCCUGUCCCUUCGAAAGGUGGCUGUCAUGAUAGAUGCCUUAUGCAGACAAUGUAGGUUUAGAAGGAAGGAGGGAGAGCUAGAAAGGGAAAAGGAGUGCUUGUCUGGGUUGCAUGGAUGGGAAGAAAAAGGAUACCGAAAGCAGAGAAACAAAUGGCGAAGAAAACUUGCCUGUAAUGGAACGGUGUAAUGUGCUCCAGAAAUGUUGUUUAAAGGGCACCUGCCUUCUUUGUUUCUUCACAAUCCAGUUGGAAAGUCUGAAAGGUUUUAUUUUUUUGCCUCAGAAAUAUCCUUUUGGUGUAGCUGUAUUUUAACUCUCAAAGCCUGACACGUUUUGUUUUUAGGGGAGGAUUGGGGAACUGGAGCAAGAGCUUUUCAGCCCUCCAUUAAAUGUUUUAAAUCUUUUAACGGACUUACUCCCCUAUAGGCAAUUCAGCAGGGAAAAGAUUUUUAGUCCGAGUAUCAGAAUCUCUUUUGGCUUUAUUAGCUGAGGUAUAGGUACUAACGGUCCUUCCCGUGCCAUAACAGGAAAGACCAAUCACAAACACACUCUUUCUACAUUUUCAAAUGUAAAAUGUGUUGCUGGACAUCCUGGUUCCCUUGGUGCAGUUUACUAUGGAGCAGUAUAGAGUUUGCUCCUGGGAUACUUACAGAGCUGCAGGCAGUGGUAACUGAAUAUGUUCCAUUACUGGAAUGGGAAAUAGGCCUCACUUUGUUGCAUUCAGCUGCAUUUGAGUUUUCUUUGUGAUCACAGUAUUCCAACCGUGCAAGGUGGGCACUGAAAACUUUAAGCUGGGUGGCUGCAAGUAUUGGAACAGUGUAAUAAUGCUAAAGGUUCAGACAAAGAAUAAGUCUCUCUUCUAGCUGCUGAGUUGGCUGUAGUUCUAGAGUUAGCCGUGGUGUAAAAGCUAUGAGAGUAGGGGUUUCCUUUAGGCUAUGGAUAUAACAAAAUAACUGCAUGAGACCUUUCCAUUCCAUUGCUAUACUUACAUUGUUCUAAGGCUCUCUGUGGGUACAACUUACACUAUGUGCUUUUUUUGGUAGUGAGUAGCGUAUGUAACCAAGUAGCUUUCCCAGCAUGGUAUAAUUGCAGUGUAGACAGUGGGGUACAGCUAGUAAAGACACGCAUGAAAGGGGGUGGGUGGGGUGUGUGUGUGUGUGUACACAUGGCUCUCAACUUCUCCAAGCACUGUAGUGUCCCACUACCAACUGGCUGCUGGAGUCCUUCCCCGACCACAGGGAAAGGCUCUGGUGGUGGAGGGGAGGCAGCAGUGCCUCCCCCCUGUCAGAUUCUUUCCUUGCUGCAGUGAAAGGCUUUGGCAGUGGAGAGUUGCUGAAAGCCUUUCCAUGCUGUGGAGUCUUUAGCUGACGCUUGUAGCUACAUACGGCAGUGUGGGCGCAGCUUGCUUUUCACUGCAGACACUAGUGUGUAGUGUAGACGUAGCCUGUGUUGCCUUCUAGCUUCAUUUCACCCCACUGAGUUGGCCUUGCAGAAUUCACCUUUUCAAAACAAAAAAGUAGAUGGUUAAGAUAAGAGAUAACACCCUUGGAUUACUAUAGUUUCUUGUCUCUGAGACCCUUAAUAUGCAGGAAAGAAAGAAAGGGUAUCUGGGAGUAAGGCAAGAGAUCUAAAGUGAAAUGCUGACACUUUUCUGUGAAAGACAACUCAUUCCCCUACAGUGUGAUGUGGGAAAACUGUAAUCUAUUUUUAAAGUGCAUGGGUAAGCUGGUGGGAACAUGUGCUGUUUACCUGCUGGCCCCAUGGAGCUCAGGGAGAACAAGUAAUCCAGCCUUAGAGACUAUUCUACUGUUGAGGACUGUCGCUGUCUGAGGAAACUGCAAUGCAGCCUUACAGCUGAGGAAUGGAGCAGAGCUGCUGCAAAGGCACAGAGCCUCAAUGUAGCCAGCUUGGAAUGCUUGUAGUACAUAAGUGAACCCUGCAUCCUCUUUGGCAGGGGCAAACCCAUCCUAGAAUGAGUGGAGAACUCCUUGGAGAUUUUCUUUCCUACAGGCCCCUUAUGCAGGUUUUCACAUGGAAGUGGCUAAUCAAGUCCUAUCUCAGUAAAAAUGGUGUAUAAAGGGGAAAAAUCUGGUUAUGCUGUACAUUGAUAUCUUUGGGAUUGUUCAGCAAGUUUGCAGGGCACAGUAUGCUUUGGAUAUUGUUAAUUGCUUCUCACUUAUGGUGAAGCAAAUCAGUUAUCCUACUAUAAACAAUUACAAGCACAGUCCAAAGGCUUUAUAAAAUUUUAACAUGGUUCAUUGGAUAGUAAAUAAAAGAUCCAUAAUUAAAAUGGCAGUAGUGGUUUAGGAUGGUUUCUGUGCUUUCUUGCAAGCUGUCCUUUGGAUUUUAUAUUUUGUGUUAUCAGAGAUGGACUAAGUGACCUAACAGAUCAUUUAUUUUUCUAGAUUGACUACUUCUGUUGUGCAGCAUUUUGUACCUUUUGCAUUGUAUAGAGGUCAUUGUUUUUUAGUGGCUCAGAUGUCAUACAAACAAGCUGCAUAGCACUUUAAUUUCUGUAUUGUAAUGCCAUUUGUGUUGCCAGCUCUAGCAAUUUUAACAUGAGUUUUGCAAUAUAUUGGUGUUUUUUCUUAGCACUCCAGUCCUGGUGUCAGAUGAUUAUGUGAGAACCUCAGCUUUCCUUUUUUU